AAAACACUAAACCUACUGUGUGGUUCUUCUGGUCGGCUAGCAUUUAUAAAUCUUUGAGCUUGUCCCUUAGUUCGGAAAAAUUUGGGCCGCAGGAUGGGAAAGAAAGUGAAGAAGGAUAACGAAACUCCAUGCAAGGAAACGUUUGAGGCACUACCAUUUGAGGGCAAAACUCCAGCAACAGUAGUCCUGCUGCUGAGCUCACCAGAGGAGGACAUCCUAAUCAAAGCCUGUGAAGCUCUCCACAUAUUUGCAGAGAAAGGAGAUGAGAACAAGGUUUCUCUGCUGGAUCUUGGGGCAUUGGAGCCUCUCUGUCAGCUCAUCACUCACAACAACAAGCUGGUCAGACGCAAUGCCUUCAUGGCCCUGGGCAUCAUGGCCAUCAAUGGUGAUGUAAAGAAGGCUCUGAAAAAAAUGAAUGUCAUUCCAUCGAUUAUACAUAAACUGUCCCUUGAAGAAGAUACAGUCGUCCAUGAGUAUGCAACCCUGUGUCUGGCCCCUCUGUCACUGGAUUUUGUCUGUAAGGUCCAGAUCUUUGACAACAAGGGCUUGCCAUCUCUAAUUCAGCUUCUAUCCAGUCCAGACCCAGAUGUUCAGAAGAACUCGCUAGAGAUCAUCUUCAACCUAGUUCAGGACUACCAAUGUCGCCUGGCUGUUCAUGAGUUGGGCGGGAUCCCUCCACUUCUGGAACUGUUGAAGUCUGACUUCCCUGUCAUCCAGCAUUUGGCUUUAGAGACGCUGCAGAAUGUUACAACUGAUAAAGAUUCACGCAGUACCUUCAGGGAGGACCAGGGAUUUGACAAGCUCAUGGAUAUCCUUAAUAACACAGACUGCAGUGACCUUCAUGCUGAGGCCUUACGUGUAUUGGCUAACUGUUUGAGUGACAGUGAGAGUGUACAGCUGAUCCACAAGGAUGGAAGACUGACAAGGCUGAUGGAUUUUUUAGUCAACCCCAACAUACCUGAAAUCCAGUCCAGUGCUGUUAAAUGCAUCGCCGGGGUUGCUCAGAUCUCUGAAAAUCGCAUACUGCUCCAUGAGCUUAAUGUGGAGAAGGUUCUGGUGGAACUUCUGUCUGAGGCAGACAUCGGCGUGAAAACAUCUACCUGCCAGGCUGUGGCUGCCAUGAGUUUCCACCUAGCCAGUCAACACCGCAUCAGAGACCAGGGUGGUAUCCCUGCAGUGGUACAGGGGCUGAGCAGUGAGAACCUGAAGCUGAGAGAGGCAGCAACUCAGGCCCUCUCUAACCUCACACAUAGCAACCACCUCAACGCAUCUGCAGUGUAUGAGGCAGGAGGCCAUCAGAUCCUUGUCCAGCAGCUCUAUGGAAGCUGUUCCAGGACGGUAGCCAAUGCUGCUGCCACACUUGGCCACAUGGCAGGACAGGAAGGUAUCCGCUGCAGCAUCUUGUCACAUGGAGCCAUACAAGCUCUGGUUGAGCCCUUGAAGUCCACAGAUACACGGCUCUUGAUCCGCACCACACAGUGUUUGGCAGUGCUAGCGUGUGACACAGAAGCUAGGGCAGAGCUUCAGAGUGCUGGAGGCCUUCAACCACUGGUCAAUUUGCUGCGAUCCAAUGACAAGGAGAUAUUGCACAAUGCAUGCUUGGCCAUUACUCUCUGUGCCAGUGAUGUACCCACCACUGUGGAGAUGUGCAAAUUUGGAGCCCUAGAAAUGCUUCAGGAAAUCAACCAGUCAGUGAAUCGUAGUAGCAGUUUCAGCAAGAUGGCCAUGAUCAGCCUGAUUAACUGCAACUUGCCUGUGAAAUACAGCCUGACAGGUCAUUUGGCUUCCACUGACAUUAUUAGUGAUGGUUUCUACGAUGCCGGGAAGGUUCCUGCAGGUCAGAGGAUUCUGACUCUAGAGGAGCUGUCCAGGCAGCCAGUUAACCAGCACCGGCCCAUCAUUGUUGUCAACACAACAGAAGAGCAGAACAAAGACGGUGACAAACAGAAAGAUGAGAGCCAGCCUGGGUCUCCUACACAGAAACCAUGGAAGAUGAUGGAUGAUGUCUCAUUGCAGGUUCUAGUUAUAGAGGCCAAAAAAUCCAUCCUCCGAAUGAAUGAUGAACGAGAGAAGUAUGCUGCCUUGGCCAGGCUGGUGAGUGAAGCCAUGGGUGGAGCAGUGGAGAAGGAAAAGUUGCACAAAUUCUCAUGGGUGCUGCACCUCAGCGAACUCAAGUUUCAGCUUCAGUCUAAUGUGAUUCCCAUGGGAUUGAUCCGCAGGGGAAUCUACAGUCAUAGGGCACUUCUCUUCAAGUGUCUGGCUGAUUGCGUUGGAAUGAGCAGCACACUUGUCAGGGGCGAGUACGACCGGGCUUGGAACGAAGUACUCGUCUUCAGUGGAAAUCCUUCCGGCAAUGGCCGCUAUUUACAGCCCGCCCGCUUCAUAGUAGACCUCAUGCACCAGCCUGGAAGCCUAUUGGCAACCAAUACUCCUGCUGCUGUGAAGUACCAGACUAUAUAGACCAACAUUGCUGUGUAGAAAUACAAUACUAUACAGAAUUAUGCUGUGACAAGACUGAUUUGUAUUGUACCCUAUAUAUUUGUCAGUAGACCUUUAAACCAUACAAUAGCAUUAUUCAAAUCCUGACUUGAUUAUUUUGGUACAUACACAAGUCAAAAAGAAAAAAACAAGUCUUAUCAGUGUUGUAAUAACAGGUCAAACAAUGUGUCAACAGAGUCCAACUCAAGUAAGUUACAGUUGGUCAGCAAGUGGUCUUUACCUUCUGUUUCUGCCUCAGCUGAGGUCAGAAAAUCUAUUUUU